AUGUCGAAGCGCGGUAGAGGCGCCAUCACAACGGCCCACCUCAAAACGCUUCUCUCACGCAUCGGCAGCGGCGUUAGCGGCACGAAACCAGAACUUACAGGACGUUUCCACUCGGACCUCAACGUCCCCAAACUCCAAAAUGGCAGCAGCAGCACGAGCCGCAUCCUCAGCGUGGACAUGGGCAUCCGCAACAUGGCUUUCUGCGUGUGCGAUGUAUCUGUCCAACCGCCCAGCAGCAAAGCCCUCUCGUCGGCCAGCCCCCGCGUGAAGCUCGAGGUGGUGGCGUGGGAGCCCAUCUCCGUCAGCGACCUGGCCCGGCAGGAGGAAGAGCAGGCGUCCUCCACAGACCCUGCGGUCCAGCUGAGCAGCCAGCUCACGCAAGCGGCCAAAGAGUCGUUCCGGCCGUCCAUCCUCUCGCGCGCCGCCUACGCGCUGCUCAAGCGGAAGCUGCUCCCCUACGCGCCGCAGACGAUCCUGAUCGAGCAGCAGCGCUACCGCACCAACGCCUCGUCCGCCAUCCAAGAGUGGACCUACCACGUCAACAUGCUCGAGGGCAUGAUCUGGGCCAUCCUCGAGACCCUCAGGCAGGAGGGGGCCGCGGCUUCCGGGCGCCUGCCAACCGCUGCCCCAGCAGAAGCGCCCUCGUUUCCCAGCGUCUUCCCCGUCAGCCCGGCGCGCGUUGCCUCCUUCUGGAUGGAUAACUCGGAAACUGGCCGGGCGAUUCUGGCCGAAGCGUCAGCUAAUGGCGCUUCCGUCAAACGAUCCUCUCCCCGCUCGCGCGCGAGGGCUUCCAAGGCCGAAGAGGAGGACGUCGGGGCCGAGGCUGUUGCGGAGGAGGAGGAAGGCACGGCGGAAGACGUGGCACGAGCGAGUAAGGGGGAGAAGAAGAAGAGGCUGAGCAAGACGAAGAUCGAGAAGAAGGUCAAAAUCAAGCUGGUCGAGCAAUGGCUGCUGACGAACGCCAGUGGAUCCGCAUCUGCCCGCCCGGACUGCGACGUGCAGCUCCACUUCGGCACGGCCGGGGCCCGCGGUAUGCGUGAUGUCUUCUUAUCCAAGUUGGCGAGAGCCGCGAAAAGGACUGGUGGAGGAGGCAGCAGCAGCAGCAGGAAAAAGCGUGCUAAGGACGACGACGCGUCAGAAGUGCCGGCCGCAGCCGCAGCCGCCAGCGCACCACCGCCAAUCGAUCCUAAGAAACUGGACGACUUGGCCGACUGCCUCUUGCAAGCGGCCGCGUGGGCGCAGUGGGAGGGCAAUCGACGUGCGUUGGUCGGGUUGGAAGAGCAGGCCCUGAGGGAGGUGGCUGAGCUGUAG